GGGACAAGGUAGGAGGACGGAGCCUGCUGGCUACUCAUCCUUUUCCUUAUCACGUUUGCUCAUUGCUUCUAUCACGCCUAUAGUUCAACCCGUUUGUCACCAAUUUUGCUCAUCCCUGACAGACCCAACUGGGCAGGAAGGCGUCUGACAAAUCAGGGACAGAGUGUGUGCAAUCAUGGCAACAUCCCUGGACACACUCAGCCUCUCCCAGAUGCUGGAUCUCGCCAUUGGGACACCCCAGAAGGGGGCCAUUCAGUUUGCAGCCAUGAGAAAACUGCUGCAGGCUGUGCUGGAGCACCUGGACGUGCAGUACCUGACCAGCCAGGAGCCGUGGCCAGGCCAGCUGAGUGGCCCCUCACUUGCUGAUGUGGCUGCUGAAGUGAAAGAAUUUAAGAAGGAGAUGAAAGAGUAUAAGAAACACACGUCCAAGGUUCUUAGUGAGGAGAUUGGUGGGAUAAAGGCAGAAAAUUCCCGCAUAGCAGAGAACCUGAAGAAGUUCCAGGAGACACAGACCCUGAUGGUUUCCGAGCAUCUCGAGGAGAUUGAAAAGUUAAAGGCUGGCCAGCGGCAUUUGUCAGGGGAACUGAACAAGGUCCAGAUGUCACGGAACCAGGACAUGACUCUCAUCCAGGAUCUGCGUGAGGAGGUUGACAAGAUAAAGACAACACAGCUCCUCAUGGAAGGAGACAUAAAGAAGCUUAAGGAGUCUUUUGCCUUAAUGAAGAAGCUGGAGGAAGACCUUAAAAAGCUGAGGAAGGAUAUAGCCAAGUGGAAAGAAGAGAGCAGUAAGGAGAUCUCUCAGCAAAUUGAGUAAGAGGACAGGAGUGGGUUUCAUACCCUGGGGGGCUGCAAGGGAGCCCAGAUGGUCUGGCUGCAUCCUGGUUUGUGGGCACAAGGUGCCCAGCAGCCCUGCAGGGGUAACCCUGCCCUUGCCCCCAUCCCACUGGCCAGGGCUUUGCGGCAGGAGACAAAGCGUGAGCUGCAGAAGAUGGGAGAGCAGCAGGAGAGGAGGAAUGCCAUGCUGGAGCAGAUGCUGAAUGAGACAGCCGACCAGCUGAAUG